AUGCUAAACAGCAAUUACUAAAGUAAAAUAUUCUUACAACCAAAACCAAAUGAUUUUAGCAUAUUUGAUGAUUUUGUCUAAAAAGCCAGAAAAAUUUGUCGAACUCCACAAAAAUCAGUUUCCAAAUAUAAGGAGAGUUCUCUUAGCAUUUCAAAGUAAAUCAAAACUGAGAUGAAUUGUGAUACUGUUGAAACAAUACGAAAAUACGAAUAAAACCCUUAAGUUAAAAUGGACUCUUAUUUGGAUUAACAAAUACACAUCUCUCCAUUUCGAUUUUAAUUACCAUUACGAUUAGAAAAAACUUAACAUUUUACGUCAGAAAAAAAAAGAAUACCUGCCUGUCUAACUUCAAGAAAACUUAAAUCUAACUUAGAUGGACAAAUCCAUAAAUCUAUUCAACUCUCCCAAUUCAGGUCUAUUUAAUAAUAAAAAUCAGAAACUCCUAAUCCUAAUUAGCAACAAUAGACUAAAUUUCUAAUAACAAAGUAUUUUUUAUCCAAACCUCUGGUGUGCAUAAAAUAAAAUAAAAAGAAAAAAGAAAAACCAAUUUAAAUAGAACUAUAGUGA